GUACGUAGCUGUCAGUAGGAAAUGCAGGCUGCUGGUGUUGGAUGUUCCCCUGUCGCCGUGUUUGGAUAAUUUCAACAAAGAAAGUCAUCCUUGUCACAGGAUGAAAACUGUUACUUAGAGAGUCGCUUAAAUCGGACGGCCGCAGUGAGUCUGCAUGUCUGACGGAGGAAACGCUGACAUUCAGCUGGCUAGGCUAACAGAAACAGGACACUGUCGGCGCUAAUGCUAAUAGUUACAUUAGAUGAAAAUAAGCUAACUUAAGCUAACUUGUAACUUAGCUAGCUCGCCGACUACAGGACUCUUGCUGUUCCAGGUUCUCACCCCACUCUGCGGCUCCGGUGCCGUUUCUCGCCAUUUUGUGUUUCACGGAGGAGGUUGGGGAACCGUAGCUGUGGAGGGGGGCCGUGUGUUCAGGAACCCCCUGGCUACCCAGGCGGACGGAUCAAAGUGACACGCCGGUCGUGGUAAAGAUCAGAACAGAACCAUGGCUGAACUCUCCACCUUAUCUGCAUCGCCACCUGCACUGGGAGAUCCUCAUGUAGUUCUCUCUAUCCCUCCAUCCUCCACUGCUCUUUCCACUACCAACAGCUCUCCUCUGGACUCUAAACCUAAGUCUGCCCUCUAUAAUGACAAAGGUUUGACUGGAAACACUUCUACUACACAGUCAGGGGGUUCCCCCAAUUCUCCUCACCCACCCUUAAGUUUUCCAAAAACCACUGCUGAGACCUCCAACCCAUCAUUGGCACGUGAGGCUUCUCCACAGAGAGAAGAAUCGACAGCUAAUGUCAUUCAGCAGCAGACGAUGUCCAGUGACUCAGCUGCUGUAGCAAAGCUUCCUAAUACUGAAACAGAGAUCCCAUCACUACCAUGUGAGCCGUCAACUCAGAAUGAAGCACAACCGGUAUCUCCCGCUCCUGGUCUCAAUUCUCCUCCAAACCUCUACCCGAAUGUGCAUGUUGCCCUCAACCCAAAUCCUGUCAUGGAUGGCGGUCAAUUUACAGCAAACCCUCAAACCACCACAGAUAUUACACCCACACCUACCCCUCCACCAUCCACCAACACAGCAGUAUCAGCAACAGCUGAGGAGGAGAAACCUCAGCCACUUCAAGAAGCACAUAACCCUCAAAGUCAGCCUCCCUCUCUGCCCACUAAGUUUGAUGCUCCUAAUGAAGCUGGGAAAGCAGAGCUUCCCAACACCCCCACCAGAGGUGACCAUCCCAGUCCUACUGUCCCACUGAUCCAUGAGCCAGGUUGCAUGCUUCCAAUGCACAACCCAAACCCCCGACCAGCCCCUGAUACUCUCAGCUACCUGGAGUCAGCCAGCCUCAUGUCGGGAACAUUGGAGUCACUGUCUGGCCUUGGAGAGGAUGGGAGCUCUGUGGGCUCAGACUCUGAGAUCAAUGGCCUGACCGUCAGACGCACUGAUAAAUAUGGCUUCCUGGGUGGGAAUCAGUACAGUGAUGCUGGUGAAAAGGAAGUUCGAGUAGAAGUUGCCCGACAGAGGGAGAUGAAAUGGAUUGAUAUGUUCAACAACUGGGAUAAGUGGAUCAAACAUCGCUUUCAGAAGGUGAAGUUGCGCUGCAGAAAGGGCAUUCCAUCUUCUCUCAGAUCUAGAGCCUGGCAGCUGCUGUCCAAUAGCCAAGAGCUCUUAGAAAACAACAAAGGGAAAUUUGAGGAGCUGGAGAGAGAGCCAGGUGAAGCUAAGUGGUUGGACAUUAUAGAGAAGGAUCUCCACAGGCAGUUCCCCUUCCAUGAGAUGUUUGCUGCCCGUGGUGGCCAUGGGCAACAGGAUUUGUACCGGAUCCUAAAAGCCUACACCAUCUACCGGCCUGAUGAGGGUUACUGCCAGGCUCAGGCUCCUGUGGCUGCAGUGCUGCUCAUGCAUAUGCCUGCUGAGCAAGCUUUUUGGUGCCUCGUCCAGAUAUGUGAGAAGUAUCUUCCUGGCUACUACAGUGCUGGGCUUGAAGCGAUCCAGCUGGAUGGGGAGAUUUUCUUCUCCCUCUUACGGCGCACAUGUCCGAUGGCGUAUCGUCACCUUAAAAAGUUCAAGAUUGACCCCAUUCUCUACAUGACGGAGUGGUUCAUGUGCAUCUUCUCACGCACUUUACCAUGGGCUUGUGUCCUGCGUGUAUGGGACAUGUUCUUCUGUGAAGGAGUGAAAAUAGUAUUUCGCGUGGGGCUGGUGCUUCUGAAACAAAUGCUUGGCUCUGUGGAUAAACUUCGAGAACUACAGGGAAUGUAUGAAACCAUGGAGCGUCUGAGAAACAUUUCACCUGACACCGUCAGAGAGGACAUUAUGGUACAGGAGAUUAUUAUUCUCCCAGUGACGGAGGCACUCAUAGAGAGGGAGUGCAACAUCCAGGUGAGGAAGUGGAGGGAGUCCAGAGGGGAGCUGACUCACCAGCCGGUCCGCCGGCUGCACGGUACAAGGGCCAUCUAUGAGCUAAAACGACGCGCUGCCUCCAUCAGCUCUGGUGGCAGCUUCUCUUUCCUGGGAAGCCCGGUGCCUCCACCAGGACCACUCAGGGCCUCUUCCAGCCUCCUCUCACUCCCUGGCUUCCGCAAGUCUAAGUCUCCUUUCCACUCCCACACCAAGAAGGGCUCCUUCUCAGGGCCUUCAGGUAUGGAGAGCCUUCCGCCUCAGUCGCCUCCUGCAGUAACAAUAAGCCCAAGCCGAGGCUCCAGCCAUAAACCCCCCAUUCCCCCAGGGGCUGGUCAGAGGGGACCAGCACCUCACAUUCAGAGCCCCUUAAUUGGGAAUGCAGCCGGCCCAUCAUGCGGGCCAGCUCAGCCCUCAGAAGGCACUUUAGCACAAGGCCAGCCCUUAGCUUCAGCCCCAGCACAGAACACACCACCACCACCCCCCAACAUGCUGUCCCCCUCUCCUAUGAUCGUGUCCGAGCAAAUCACUCCCACCAUCCCUUCACCCACAGCCAACAACUCCCCUCUGCUCCCGUGUCCAGAUUCCAAAAAAGAAGCGGUGCCACCACCUGAUGCCACAACUGGAGAAGAUGAAGUGAAGAAGAAGAAGAAAAGCAAGGACCUCAAGAAGAAGGAGAAGGAGGACGAGAAGAAAAAGCUGAAGGAAAAGAAGGAAAAGGAGAAGGCCGAAAAAGAGCGGCUCAGGAGGGAGAAGGAGAGGGCAGAAAAAGAGAAGAAGAAAGGGGGGAAGAAAAAGGACAAAGGGGGAGGAGGAGAGGCCGAAGACAAGAACGGAGCUGCAGCAGCGAAAGAUUCGGCCUAGUUUUCUCUGUCAUUCCGGGAUAAUGAAAAGGGAGGCUGCAGGGAAAGAGAGGUCAGAGGGACAAAAGAUCCUCAAUAAUAGAAAGAGUGAUUUAAUAUUUAAAAAAAAUAAAUUGGGAUAGCUUCCUGUACAAUGCAUCAUUUCAAAGAGAUCAUGUAGUCCAUCAUGGAGAGAACUGGAUUAUGAUUUUAAUAGCACCUCAGGGGGAUUGUUCCCCCUCGCUCAGUGCUCUCUUUUUCACCUACUUUUAUUAAGAUGGGACAAAAAUUUCCCUUUUCAACUGGAGUAUGGACUGUGAAUCUGAGUAACGCCUCAGAAGAUCAGUUUUUUUUCCCCCCUCUUUUAGUUUUUUAAUUCUCUCUUCCUUUUCAGGUCUUUUAUUUUAAUCAGACAGCCGUGGUUUGAGAAACGUCAGCUCAAGGGAUUGUUGGACCGAGUGUUUGUAGAAGUAGUCAUGGUGCCAUAGAUGAUGUAAAUAAACCUGUGGACCUACUGAACAAAGUAUGUUGUUAGCACUCCAUGCACACAUCAGUCUCAUCUGUGGACAGGUUUUCUGGAUGACUGGAAAAAAAAUGAUAAAGGAAACCACAUGAAGUCGUCUCAAAGGCAGGCACUGAAGACCCCAAAUGCUUAAAAAAAUGUUGUGGAUGUAUUUAUUGUCAUGUUAAAUGUUGUGAGUGUGUGUGUGCCUUAGUAGUAUAGUGAAAUGUGUUAGUGUUCAAUGUAUGGCCUCUCUGUUUUCAGUC